GUAGCUCCGAUAACCGCCAGCCCUCAACGACGACAAACGACCGACGUCAAUCGCCGGGCGUCAUCGUCUCCUCAACGGCGGCCACUUGACUCCUCCUCCCAACCACCAGCCAACGCUCGCCCCCGAAUGGUCCGUCCGCACCGCCAACAUCCCCCUAGCCUCGUAGCCGGCCGAUAUCCUCGUCCACCAUGGCCGACCACGAGCUGUCCAAGAUUCGGCAUAGCGAGCACCUGCUGCUGGACCAGCCGCUCCUCCGCCUCCCCAACGAACUGCUCCGCAAGAACUUCCGCUCCGCCCACUUCACCAUCGAAAAGGACACGACGGCCCUCAAGGCGCUGCUCAAGGAGUCGGCCACGGCCGCCGUCUCGGGCCGCGCCUCCCAGCAGGACGUGCUCAGGAACCUCGACGCCAUGCUCUCCCGCAUGCGCGGCGUCAAGCGCAAGCUGACGGCCUACGCCGAGGAGGAGUCCCGCCUGCACCUCCAGGCCGCCGCCCGCAUCACCCACCUCGACGAGCUCUACGCCAUCGACGCCGUCGAGGACGUCAAGUACGAGGCCUGGAGCCGCAAGCGCCUCGACCGCCUCCUCGCCGACUACCUCCUGCGCCAUGGCUUCAACCAGACGGCCAGCGACCUGGCCGCCGAGAAGGGCCUCAGCAACCUCGUCGACGUCGACACCUUUGUCAGCAUGAGCCACAUCUGCGAGUCCCUGCUCAACGGGAGCGUCACCGAGGCCCUGGCCUGGUGCACCGAGAACAAGAAGGAGCUGCGUAAAAUGGAGAGCAAACUCGAAUUCAUGCUGCGGCUGCAGCAAUACAUUGAGCUCCUCCGCACCGAGUCGCAACCCAAGCUCAUGGAGGCUAUCGCGCACGCCAAAAAGUACCUCAUCCCGUACUCAUCAAUAUACCCCAAGGACGUGAAGCGCGCCUGCGGCCUGCUCGCCUUCCCGCCCUCGUCCGCGUCCCCCGCCUACGUCGACUCCUACGACGCCUCCCGAUGGGCCGACCUCGCCGACCUCUUCACCCAGGCCCACAGCAACCUCCUCUCGCUGCCCGCCGUGCCCCUCCUCCACAUCGCCCUGUCGUCGGGCCUCUCGGCGCUCAAGACGCCCGCCUGCCACUCGUCGGCCGCCCACCAGGGCGGCGGCGGCGAGGGCGCCUCCAUGCUUGGCCACGGCGUCUGCCCCAUCUGCUCCACCGAGCUCAACGAGCUGGCGCGCAACGUGCCCUACGCCCACCACACCAAGAGCCACGUAGAAUACGAUCUCAGGCUUCUCCCCAACGGCAAGGUGUACGGCCGCCAGCGGCUCGAGGACCACGCCAAGAAGGCCGGCCUGUCGGAGAACCAGGUCAAGGACCCCCGCACCGGUGAGGUCUACUCCACCGACGACCUCAAGAAGGUGUACAUUACAUGAUGGCGGGGGGUGGGGGUGGCCAACAAGAAGCCCGUGGGCGCUACAGCAUCGCUGCAGCCGCGUGCGUGCGUGCGUGCAAGCGAGCGAGCGAGUGUGGUGCAACCCACGCGUGCUAGGGAAGGAAAGAGGAGGGCCAUCCGUCCAAUGACGACGACGACAAACGCUUACGACUUGGGAUUCAUGGAGUUUCCUGCGGGUAUGGGAUAGCAUAUUUCGUCUUGCACACUUUUUUCGUCUUGUCUUCACGCGAGGAGCGCUUGUCUUUUUUUUUUUGUUUUUUGGUUUUGUACCAGGUAUCACCACCACCGCCAACGCCCGCACUCGAGGGGGCCGCCGGCACGAAGCUGGUUGGUAGCCCGCAUUUCAUCUGGAUAUGUAGCUACGCGUAUAGACAGACCCCCCGUUGAAUCGCCCAGGGACGCUGAAUACUAUACUAUCAUGGCGAGCCGUCCGUCGUUGCGACAAGAAACCCAAAAAGACUGAAACCGGACGGCCCAAAGGCGGACGGACCACUAGGCACACAGCUGUCAGUUCCCCCACUACGACGAUAUCUCACUCUCCGCAACUCCCAUCACCUCACACUAGAACGACGAGUGCACGCAAAGUAGGCAGUAGUAGUGGUAGUACAAUACAUUGGGG